CAACCUCCGUAAAGGUCUGAAAAUCAGCCGCUGUCUCUUUUUGCUCUACUGUGAGACAAACCCGCCCACCAGGCCACGUCUUUAUGUGCGUGGUUAACAAUUCUUUAGCUUCUUUUCAGAUAAAAACAACAGGUAUGCUCCAAAAUCAGAAUCGGCAGGUCAGGCUUUUUAAAGAUUGGUGAUCGACCAGAAAACUGCAAAAAACGCUGCUUGUUUGGAUGGUUGACCAGGACAGAAGCCUUUUUUUUCUCUCAAAAGAAUACGGCAGCGCAAUUUCUUUUUGCAUCUGAAUUAGUUAUAAGCAGAGGAGAGAUUAAACCAAAGUAGAGAUGUUCAAUGUUUCAUGAAAAACAAAGUUUCCAAGCACAGUGGUGGAGGGGUGUUGAUUAAUGAACUCCAUAUCAAAGUUGUCUGGAGAUAAACGUGAGAACAUCAAACCAAAAGUCAACGCUUUAAUUAAUUUCCUCAUACAAUUGACAAAACAACGUCGUACAGAAGACAGUUCCAUAGUUUUCUGCACAUUGCUUUUCUAUUUUGGCUUAAUUUGUGUUUGGUAAAUAACGAYAGUUGUAGUACGCCUCAACGUGUAAGAAAAGUGUGAGACUGAAGCUAGAGUCUGAGUCUUUUUCCUGGCUGCCUCUGGUUCCACGGAGAGUUUUAAAGUUGCUACUUUAGACGAAGGAGCGAGAAAAGUCAUUUCAGUUACAGUGGAACAACAUCCGAGGACGCGGCUCAGGCAGAUUCUUGUCCUGUGGUUUGAACUGGAUUCACUGGUCAUGUGASGUAAGGUGAGGCCCGCGUGCUAAAAGUACCAAAACGACCUCCAAAGUGAAAGAUGCAGCCUCUUGAGGAAGCCCGCAUGUGGCUGUGUUGUUCAACAGCUCCUUCUCCUCCGUAGGAGUGCCUCUCUGCUGCCCCCUGGUGACCAUGUGGAGCGUGAGCGCCGUGAUCCUGGCCCUGGCCGCCGUCGCCCUCGGCUCGGCAGACCCCGACACGCAGAGACCGCGACACGACUCCAACUUGGAGAUCUACAAGCGGCUGUUUGAGACGAAGAGGAAAGAUCAGCUGAACGCCCUGAAGAACCUCGUGGAGCUGAAUGACAUCAACCAGCAGUACAAGAUCAUAGACAUCAUGCUGAAGGGGCUUUUCAAGGUGUUGGAGGACUCCAGACAAAUCCUAGUGGCAGCUAACAUGCAGCCCGAUGACCCCUUCCCCCUGGAUGAUAAGAUCAAAGAAGCUUACUCCCAUGUGGUGGAGAACACGGCGUUUUUCGGCGACGUGGCGCUGCGCUUCCCACGCAUCGUCCACCACUACUACGACCGCAACGCCGACUGGGGAGGGCUGCUGCGUUGGGGGCUGAAUUUCUGCAACCAGACCGGAGUUUUCACAGGAGGAGCCCACCAGCAUGUCCUCACACUCAUGUCACAGGAGCUGGGAAUCACGGAGAAAUCCCCAGAUUUUAUAAAUCCAUACCGCACAGAGAGAGACGACGUUCUUCACACGGCCGAAGCUUUCCAGAAGAUCCUGAGGGAGGAGGAGAAGAGGAGGAGGAAGGAGGAGAAGAGGAAAGAAAUCCGGAAAGGCCCCCGCAUCUCCCGCUCUCGCUCUGAGCUAUAGCGCCACCCCUCGGCGGUGGCGAGGAGCCAGAGAACAGGAGCGGGAGGAUCUGGAGGAGCGAACACAGGGGUCCACACGGAGUGGCCCGACAUGCAGACUGCGACGACGGUGAAGGGAACAACAGCUCCCGUCCAUUGUACCAUACAGAAGUGAAGGCGCUCCGACGGAAAGAACGGAGGAGCCGUUGGUGCGACACAAUAACGCGUUUAUUCAGAGGUUAGUCAGGUUCUGAUCGAGGCUCGACAUCGGCGCCGAUGUCUAAUUGGAGAAUCUAACUUUGUGCUCCGGAAGGAUUCUGGGAAAACAACGGAAAGUCAAACCUACAGAGGCGGACGCAUUUAUUGGCACGCCUGGUAAAGAUGUGGAAAUGCAUCUUUUAGAAAAACCCUAAUUCUUGCUUAAACCUGCUUCGAGUGUUUGUCGCUGAAAAUCCCAAACUCAGUUAAAGUCUGAGCKUGUUUACAUUUGUGAUGUUAGAACCUAAAAAGGCUUUUUCUUUCUUCACUCCCAAACAACUGAAAACGGUUAAUUUAAAUUGAUGAAUUUAAAAAAAAUAAAAGUAUAAAAAAUUCCUUUUGCAUUGUUGUUUUAAAGAGAUCGCUACAAGCACCAAUAUUUGUCCUCUACUGAUUUUGUUAAAGAAUUAAACUGAAUAAUAAAAUUUAGCAACAUUUUCUUAGUGCUAAAUCACACUGCUGCGUUGAAAAAUAUAAAUUUAAAGCAGUAAACACAUCUUUACCAGGGGAGCCAACAGAUUUUUCCAGUUUCCUGCACUGUAUUGGGUUAUGCGGUAACUGAACUUUGGCAUAUUAUUCAUUUAAAAAGUUUACUUCAGAACUGUACAAACCCCUAAUGUAUUGUCUGGUCCAGAUCUAAUGUGUGUAAAAUCCCAUAGGCUUUAAAUAUGUGUCGUUAUUUAAAUGAUAAAUUUGACCUUGUUUUAACAUUGGCCUGUUUUGUAGUGAGAGAUGAGCUCAACUACUUUGUCAUUUUGAGGGGUACUUUUUUUUUGUGAAAAUGAAAAAUCAACCUGUAAUUGCUGCUUAAAGUUGUGGGGACGGCUCUUAUUUUGUUUGCCUGAAAAAAAACAACCUUUAUAAUGUUUUUAUUAUUUUGAAGGGGAUCUGCUCCAUUUGCAUUCUUUUUUUUACCUUGUAUUUGUUUGUGCUUGAAAGAUUCUUUACAUUUCUUUUUCUGUUUCAUCAGGAUAUAAAUUGUGGGCCUUCACCUUGUCUCUGUUCAACAUGUUUCUUGUUAUCUUGAGAGUUGUCUAUAAUUUAAUGCUUUAUAUCUAUGAAACUGAAGAUCGGUGUAAUUUUUAAAGUGGUAGAGCGACUGUUAUAAAAAAAAAAAAGUUAUAUGUAUAUUCAGAGAAACGAUAUCAUUGCUGCAAGACCAACAAGCCAUUUUGUUAAGACAUGAAAUAAAGUGAUUCUGAAAUGUU